AUGGCCGGUCGACUCCUCUUGCUCCGGCAGGCCACAAGGAGGUGGCGCCUCCAGCGUACACCACCUCCGCCCCCUUGCCCCUCGUCUGGCAGCGUAGAUGCGACGGCGCCUUCCCACGGAACAAUGAGGCUCAGCGCACCACCUCCGCCUUAUACUUUUCACAAGGUUUUUUACCAAGACGACAGGUUCUUCAGUUGGCCACGAAGUUAUAACCUUCAAACAUGCCGUUCUGUCCAUACCAGUCGACCUGUUAAUAGUCAAAAUCAAGAUACGGCAACGGGUCCACAAAAUACUGGGGCCAUGGUAUCCGUUGAUGAUUCUGGCAAACCAAAAGCGAAGAGGAAAAAACUUAAAGGAAAGAGGGCCGUAACAAGGUUUUUGAAAUCCUUGAGAUGGAAAAAGGAAAGGGAAUUUCAGAGAAUGACCGCUGAGGAGAAGAUUUUGAAAAAAUUGAAGCUAGCUCGAAGGAAGGAAGAACGACUUCUUGCAGCUUUGAAGAAAAUUGAGCCAAAUGAUCCUUCAGAACCCACACAUGAUCCUGAGGUUCUUACACCUGAAGAACACUUCUACUUCCUCAAGAUGGGCCAAAAAAGUAAAAAUUAUGUGCCUGUUGGAAGACGUGGAAUUUACCAGGGAGUGAUCUUGAACAUGCAUUUGCACUGGAAAAAGCACCAAACCCUACAGGUAAUUGUGAAGACAUUCACACCAGAGGAGGUCAAGGAAAUUGCCUCAGAGUUAGCAGUUCUAAGUGGUGGUAUUGUGCUCAGCAUUGAAGAAGGAAAUACAAUUAUUAUGUACAGAGGAAAAAACUAUGCACAGCCACCACCCGAGAUAAUGUCACCAAAGGUUGCACUUCCUAGAAAGAAGGCACUGGACAAAUCAAAGUAUAGAGAUCGCCUCCGAGCUCUUAGGCGGUACAUUCCCAGGCUUGAGCAGGAGCUUGAAUAUCAGCACGCCCUGACGAAGUUAGCUGGAGGCCUUAUAGGACAAAGUGCGGCGAAAGACAUUGCUUUUAUUUCAGACUCUACAAACAGUGUGUCCGUGAAUAAAGAUUCUUCUAGCUCAGUUUACAACAGAACUGUAUCCGAACUCCUGUCAGAAAAUGUAGAAAGGUCUGAGAAGUUGGGGGAUGAAAAUUCUGAGGUUGAUGAUGAUUCAACUUCGGAGUCUAUCACAUAUUCAGAAUCCGAGGAUCUCUCUGACAUGUUUGAGACAGAUUCAGAGGAGCAAGCAGAAGAUAGCAAGGAGCGCCCUUUGUAUCUAGAUAGGCUGGAUAAGUUUCUCCCAGAAAAAGUCGAUAAUGAAUCAGAUGAUUUUGAGGAGCAUCUGCGGAAGAUUGCUUCACUCUCUGACAAGGCAGAUUCACCCGCAAAAGAACUGAAAAUCUCCGAGCUUGAUGAGAUCGAUAAAAUAUUCCUAAGAGCUAGUUCAUUGCUGAAGAAAAGGUGA